AUUUCGAGUAGAGGAGCUGCGUGGCAGGCCGGUAGCUGGCGGUCUUGUCAGGAGCGACCAUGGAGGCCCUGGCCGAACCGCGGUGGCCUCCGGGGCUGGCGAUGAUGAAGUCUCCAACUUGGUUCUUAAGCUGUGUGGUGACUGUUGAUGUCUUCUACCAAGUGGUAACCAUAUGCCAGAGGAUGGGGUCUGAAGAGCUAGAACACAUGGGAGAAGAAGAGCAGGAACGCAGAGCUAACAGUGUGGCACAGAACCCACAGUGUCAGCUCUCCAGAGCAGCUGGGACAAUAGAUGAUUUGCUUCGCUGUGGAAUUUGCUUUGAGUAUUUCAACAUUGCAGUGAUAAUACCCCAGUGCUCUCACAACUAUUGUUCUCUCUGUAUAAGAAAAUUUUUGUCCUAUAAAACACAGUGUCCAACUUGUUGUGUGACAGUAACAGAACCAGACCUGAGAAACAAUCGCCUUUUAGAUGAACUGGUAAAAAGCAUGAAUUUUGCACGGACUCGCCUGUUGCAGUUUGCUUUAGAGUCACCACCCAUAUCUCCUGUGUCUUCCACUUCAAAGAAAGUUGCUGUUAAAGUACAUAAUACGGAAGCCAUCAAACACCCUGUCAAACAGGGGAACAGGCUAAUGGACAAGUUUCUGGUUAGAGAAACUGGUGAGUGUGUAGCAGAGUUGCUGGGAAAAGAAAACGACAGGAAAUUCAGCCCUCACAAAGAGAUAAGCACCUCUGCUGAGAUUAAAGAGACGAGUCUGGUCGGAAAGGCGGUACUUGGUCCCUCGGAUGCUAAUGGUCCUGUGACACCCUCUACAUCCGCCAUGAAGCUGGACACUAAAGUGUCUUGUCCUGUUUGUGGGGUCAGCAUUCCAGAAAAUCACAUCAAUAAGCAUUUAGACAGCUGCUUGUCACGUGAAGAGAAGAAGGAGAGCCUCAGAAGUUCUGCUCACAAAAGGAAGCCGCUGCCCAAAACUGUGUAUAACUUGCUCUCUGACCGUGAUUUAAAGAAAAAGAUGAAACAGCAUGGAUUAUCUAUUCAAGGGAACAAACAACAGCUUAUUAAAAGGCACCAAGAAUUUGUACACAUGUACAAUGCCCAGUGUGAUGCUUUGCAUCCUAAAUCAGCUGCUGAAAUAGUUCAAGAAGUUGAAAACAUGGAGAAGACCAGGAUGCGCCUUGAAGCCAGUAAACUCAAUGAAAAUGUCAUGGUUUUUACAAAGGACCAAACAGAGAAGGAAAUAGAUGAAAUUCACAGUAAAUAUCGUAAAAAGCAUCAGAAUGCAUUCCAGCUUCUGGUGGAUCAGGCCAAAAAAGGAUACAAGAAAACUGGCAAAAUGUCAAAAGCUACAGUAAUGAGAAAAGAUGUACCUGCAGAGAGGCUUUCGUCUGCAGUCACAGGACAAGAAGAUAAUAUGAACUUCUCGGAUACAGUCUCAGUAACAAACUACUUUCCUCAGUCAGAACUGGACUCCCCAGGGCAGUCAGAGCCCGAGAGACCUGAUGAUUCUUCCAGUUGUACUGAUAUUCUUCUCUCCUCAGAAUCUGAUUCAUGCAAUAGUUCCAGUUCGGACAUCAUAAGAGAUCUUCUGGAGGAAGAGGAAGCCUGGGAAGCAUCUCACAGAAAUGAUCAGAACAGAGGAAAAAACCUACAGCAGAGUCACCGCACUAGAGCUGCUGAAAGUUCUGAGAUUGAACCAAGAAACAAACGGAAUAGGAAUUAGUAUGAGCUUUUGCUAGCUUUUCCAUACAGUGACCAGAAUAUGGUAUUUUUUAUUGCCACAUGAGGUUUCAUAUUUAGCAGUGCCCAGGGAAGAUGUUUAAUUUUAAAUGUAAUAGUUAAUUUAUUUCCAUUCUUCUUUGCCUUUUCAGAAAAAACAACAACAACAAAAGAAAAGUUGUGAAAUGACCCUUGACCCUUCUUGGUCAGUUGCUUCCUUCCUUUAAGACGUUUCUCCCCUAAAAACACAUUUACCAGCUUUGCACAGCUCACACAUUCCUUAGUAUGGGUGUUUGCCUUGGUUUGACUUCUCUAUUUCAGAAUGUUUUAAAGUCAUUUUUUACUUUUUUCCAUUCAGGGGACCAACCCCAGCAACAGCUUCUUUUCGUUGUAACAAUCCAGUAAGAGUGUAUAUGCUUUUGUUAUAAUUUACUUUCUUUAUAUAAGUGCCCAAUGCCAGGCCACCAUCAGAUACUGGUUAGUACUUGAGAUGAAUGUAUUUGUUUGUUAGACACACUUGUGUUUUACAUAUAGAGUAGGUUUAUGAUGUAAAGUCACAGAGUUAGUUUUAUUAUUUUUGAAAAGUCAGGAAAGUUAGUAUUGUAAUUUAAGUAACAAUCACAAUAACUCUAAAGAAUAUGUAUGUUCUUCUGAAAUGGCACUUAAAAAUUAUUACUGUUAGUAUUUUCCCACUGGGGUCAGGCAGAUCUCUAAUACUUUGAAUCCCAGCUAUUAAACAAACAAACAAAAAAUGAAAUAAAUGGAUUUUAUCAAUAAAUACCCAAGUUGUAAUUUCCUUGAAAUAGUGUCUUGUGAGUAUUUGAAUAAAGACUAUAAAUCUUUA